UUCGUUUGGAAGACCUACAAAUUUUCUUUCAGAUUCUGCCCUUUCCCGGAAAAAAAAAACACACCAAAGCGACCCAGUUGGUGAAAAGAGCACAUUAGAGAUGCGAAGAGGUGGUGGAGGACGAAGGGGCUCUGGGAACUACUCGAAUCCGUGCUUGACCCUGCACCAACCAUGGGCGUCAUUGUUGGUCUAUGGUAUCAAACGCAUUGAAGGCAGGUCCUGGACUGCUCCUAUUAGAGGUUGCCUUUGGAUUCAUGCUGCAAGUAAAGUUCCGGAGGAGGAUACAAUCAAAGCAAUGGAAGAUUUCUAUAGAGAAAUUUAUGCAGCGAAUGGCAUCACUGACAUAAAGUUUCCAGAACAUUAUCCUGUUUCAAGACUUUUAGGGUGUGUUGAUGUGGUUGGCUGUGUUAGAUGUGAUGAGCUAGCAAGCUGGGAGGCAGUACCUGAAGGGGUGAGACUAGAAGGACAAACAGAUUUUUGCUGGCUUUGUGAACAGCCAAAGAAAUUGCUAGUUCCUUUUGAGAUGCGAGGCUAUCAACGUGUUUAUAACUUGGAAAAGAAGAUAUACGAGGCUGCUGUUAGAGGUCUUGUCAGUGUUGAAGGUCCAAUGCCAGUAAAAUUUCCCCUUCCAGAUCCUCAAGAUCCCUUUUCCUUAAAACCAGGCUCUAUUUCUGAAGAGUUCUCUGAAAAUGAAGCAUCCGGAGUGGAGAAGUCAGAGAGUCUCAGUGCAGCAAUUGCUGGUGCACGAGCAGCAGCUACACAUUUCAACAAGAAAGAUUAAAACCUUCUAACUAUUACCAUGAAAAAUUGCUAUUCCAACUCCACAAGCAUGGUCAACCUGACAGCAAAUCAUUGGAAGAAGAUAAAAUGCCACAGAGCUACUCAUGUGGACGUUCUGAUGAGGAAUCCUUAGUUCCGAGCCACACAGAGCAACACAAUCCCAUUCAGUACUAUGACAGCAGUAGUCGCAAUCAAACCUGUGAAGAUUUGAAAUAGAUCCCUGAGCUUCAACGAAGGGUUUUUGUUGUCUUAUCAGUGGUGAUCUUUUUUUAAUUCUGUUCUGUUGUUGCCUGCUUUAGUAAUUUUCCAGAUUCAAUCAUGUAUGAGAGGGAUAUGCCUUGGCAAGUUCAUGCUAUUAUUGCAAUUUAAUAUAGUAAGAAAAUCCUGGCAGUUUCAAGUCUGAUUUCAGUAUCUGAUGUCUUCGAUCCAAAUACAAGUUCAAUUCUGGCUGAGAUCCUAUGUUUGGUUGUGCGUUACUGCCAUAAAUAAGCACCGGAUGCACAUCUUCAUCUCCCAUUUCAUAUCAGCAUGACAGGAUAUUCUAAUUUGUUUGAAAGGAUUCUCCAUUUUUGAUAUGUUCUUCGACGUAGCGCUUAUUGUAAGUAGGCUAGACUGUUGAUCACUAGAAUUGCGAUAAAAUUGCCGUUUUGUGACGAGUCUGAUCUCUUGCCUUUCUAGAUUUUUGCAGCAGCUGUAAGAAGGCUGGAACAAUCUUGAUUUCUGCUCGGAAUGAGCUCUGUAUGUCCAACCUCCUAUACAAGUGGCAGACAGAAAAAGACGUGCUGUAUUGUGAGAUUUCAUAUACAGUUGGAAGUCUCAGGCUCGGUGGAUAGUGGCUACUUCGCGUUCUCAUAUGGCUGCAUGGUGAUUUAGUUCGCGAGCUCUCCUUGUCUUCUCCUGUUCUUCUGUGUCUCCACACUGUUUUGGGGCCUGCUUUUAGAGGUGGUGUUUAUUUCAUGGUUCACUGCAAUCGUAUAUCUUUCAUUCAAAACUCAGAUGUCAACAAUGUCAUUGUACUUGUAAACUCAUAGGAUGCAGAAACUUGUCCAGAUUUGAAAUUGCCAGAAUUAUCUCUUUCUCUCA